AUGUCUGCGAUGAGAACGGAAGGAGCUAUCGUAUCACAGACGUUGACUAUUGAUAAUAGCUAUCCAUAUCCUACAUCAUCAAAGCCGAUGCCAACAGCGAACUAUCAAUAUCCUGGUCCACCAAUCUACGCAAACGAAAAUGAUAUUCUUAUGAUUCGGGUAAUCAAUAAACUUCCACAACCGACGACCGUUCAUUGGCAUGGACUUUCUCAAAAGGGUACACAGGACAUGGAUGGCGCGGUUGGUAUCACGCAAUGUCCCAUUCCUCCUAAUGCUGAAAUGAAUUACACAUUCAAAGCUACACCGGCAGGUACUGCAUGGUACCAUGGUCACUAUUUGGAUCAAUAUGCAGAUGGUCUCAUUGGUCCAUUGAUCAUUCGUCGAAAAGUAGAGCCGAAUCAACAAUACUAUGAUACUGAGCGUAUACUAAUGGUAGCUGAUUGGUACAAUGAUCUUGGACGAACAAAGUUAGUAUCUUGGUAUUUAAAUGCAAAAAAUCCAACAGGCAUUGAGCCCAUACCUGAUGCUAUUGUUGUCAAUGGCAAAUUCUCUGAGUCGUUGUUCGUGCCAACUAACGGUUCAAAACAUAUCCGUUUUAGAAUCAUCAAUGCUGCAGCAUUCUCCAUGUAUACUUUUUCAAUUGAUGGAUUACCAUUACAUGUUAUUGAACUUGAUCAAACAUGCGUACAGCCAUACAAAGUGCCUUCUAUUGUUCUUAACGUUGCUCAACGAGUUUCUUGCUAUGUGGAUUUGAAUGAGUUUGACCAAACCAUUGUACCCGCUGAAGUAUCACCAACAAAAUCAAUUUAUAUUCGAUUUCAAGCCAUGGCAGACAUGUAUCCAGUUGAGAUUGAUACAUAUAUUCCUCCAUACAGAACUCCACUUUUUCCGUAUCCAAUUUUUUUCAAUACAUUAUUUCUGGGUAUUUUGUCACUUGAUUCGAGUAAUUCAAUGCCUACAUAUCCCGCUAAUCAACCAAGAUUGAAUAAUCCAGGUUCAGGAACUCCAGGAGAUACCAAUAUGUUAACUGCUCGACCAUUCUUUUCAACAGCCAAUAUAGUUCCAAAUGCAACACAUUAUCUAAAACUUGUCACCACAUUUCGUCAGGAUUCCUCUAACAUAUCUCGUGGAUAUUUGAACAAUGUCACAUAUGGUAUUACUCAACUUAAUACUAGCAAUAAAACGGCUAUUCCGAAAUGCAUAUCAUCACCGAAUAUGCCACUACUCUAUCAGAUGGCAACGUCACCUAAUGGACUUGGUAUUCCAUCUCCAAUCAUCACCAGUGACAGUCCAUUACCAUCUAUACAAAAUGACGGUUAUGGACACUAUUUGAUUCCAUAUGGAGCAGUUGUCGACAUACUUUUGGAAAACCAAGAUGAAGGUGAACAUCCAUUUCAUUCUCAUGGUUAUGACUUUUGGGUAAUAUCAACUUCGGACUAUCCGGAAGCAGAACAAUUGUAUCGUGGAGCAUACUUGAAACGAGACACAGUGAGCGUACCAGCUUCCGGCUGGGUCAAGAUACGACUCUUAGCCGAUAAUCCAGGUGCUUGGCUCUUCCAUUGUCACAUUGAAUGGCAUAUGGAUGCUGGACUCAUUGCAGCUUUUAUAGUUGGUCCCAAUGAAUUGCUAACACAAGGAUAUAAGAUUAAAACUCCUCCCAAGCGUUUCUGCAUGUAA